UCCAUGCCCUUACUGGGAAGACAUGGAGCGCUAUGGACACAGUCUACACCAGUCUAGUAGAUAUCUGUCCUAAAAAGAAAACAUAUUUUUUCUCUUCUUUCAUUGAGUAACGAUUUGAGAGACUGAUAGGAAAGAACAGGCGGCCCUGUUGAGAAUGGAGUGUGCAUUUGACGCACAGAAUUUGAUCUCCAUUUCUUUGAGGAAAAUCCAAAGCUCCAGGACGCAGAGAGGAGGCAUCAAGCUCCACAAGAACUUGCUGGUAACGUACGUUCUGCGGAACGCCAGGCAGUUUUAUCUGAACAAAAACGCGUCGCAGGCGCAGAGAUCGCCUCCCUACGAGGAUGAAGUGGCGGUCCGCGAGAAGCAAGACUACCUGGAACUGACGGGGAGCUUCACGGAGUUGGCAGAUGACUUCUACUGCAACUUUACUGGGGCUGAGGCUGACUCUUGGCACUGCGGAGCGCACCAGCCCCACGGCCAGCUGACGGAGAUGCCGCACCAGGACGCAUCCUCGUGCGCACUGGUCUCUCCAAACGACUCGGACCUCAUGCUUUCCGAAGCCUGCUGGAGCUGUGCGGACAAAUCCUGGGAGUUACCUGUCCCGAACACGCAAGCCAACCAAAAGACAGUCCUGGACUUGGACACGCAUGUGGUGACUACUGUCACCAACGGUUACUUCCACUCAGACUGUUGCGCGCAACCAAAACAGCCGCAGGGCGCGCAGUGCCACAGAAAGCGAAAGAUGGACACAAGUUAUUUUAUUGUUGACCCAGAGUUUUAUUUGCCAGACUUUGUGCCAGUGCCAUUCAAAAGGAUGAGGAGUGACGACGAUUCUCAUUCAGACUCGGAGCAGUUGGACAACACAAACAUCUCCAACCUGAUCUCGGUGCUAGGUUCAGGUGGACUAUCCGAGUUUGUGAGUUGGCAGCAGACGGACCUUGAGCAAAUAUUCGGGACUCAAACUAUUUGUUUAAAACACACGCUGUUCACGGGCAGUGGCUGGACCAGAGCGAUCGAAGCGUUUUGAUUUGUAUGUCUGUUUUUUUUCUUUGUAUCAUUUUUAUUUUGUGGAUUUCAAAUAAACCAUGACACAACUGCAAUUCUC